GAUAAAACAAUACAUCUUGGCGGUAUUGGUUUCACACAAAGCGCGUAGAAACCAAAGGCUUCGUUCUGAUUCAUGAGUCCUUGACGUCUCAUUGCUCGCAUUUUUAAACUGAAAUUGUUACGAAUGGCGAGUAAUUUGAGUGACAGCAUAAGUGCCACACUCGUUAAUACCGAUCUCUGGAAAAAAUUCAACGAGUUGGGCACAGAGAUGAUCAUUACGAAGUCAGGAAGGAGAAUGUUUCCUUUUCUCGAACUUUCUUUCGCUGGACUGGACCCCARUGAGAUGUAUAUGCUUCUUGUCGAUAUGAUACCGGUCAGCGGCUAUAAGUACAAGUACUCGGAACGCCUACAGCAGUGGGUGGAGUCUUGCAACMCACUAGGGUCGGGUGCUAUAGGCAUUUAUAAACACCCUGAUGGCCCGUUUAGAGGUUCAGCUUUGUUAAAGGAUCCAAUCAAAUUGAACAAGGUCAAGUUGACUAAUACUUUUGAUCGUAUCAAAUAUAAUCAAAUUCUUCUUGAGUCAAUGUGUCGUUUUGCUCCUCGAGUCACCGUUAUAAGGCUUAGAGAUUUUGCCAACCACGAAACUUCCAACGCUGCUGUUCUCACUUUCAAAGAAACUGGAUUUAUGGCUGUAACAGCCUAUAUGAACAAACAGAUCACAAAGCUUAAGAUCGAUAAUAAUCCCUUUGCUACUGGUUUCCGCGAGGAGCGGUUUAGCCAUUUGCAAGAUAAAGUAACUCACGGUCGAAAUAAAAUGAAACAAGCUGACAGUCCUCAAUUCAAUCAAUAUUGUGAUUUCCAAGAGGAUGUUUCUUCUGAAGUCAGUCAAGAUGAAGAAGUUUCGCCUGACGACACCUCUAGUGACAUUGAGAACAUUGAUACAGGUUCUGAUGUACUCAUGUACUCGGUAUCCACUGGCGAAGACUCGGGUGACAAUAUCCAAGUACUUCACGUCAAUCCAUCAUCAAUCAUAGUGACUGAUGUACCGCCUUCUCCAUCAACSUCUCAACCAGAAACCCCUACUCCAACCUCACCAACUAUACACUAUAACAUUAACCUGGCCAACGGCUGCUUAGCAACAGUAAAUGGUGACUUGGUUACGAGAAGUGAUUCUAUGGAAACAAAAGGUGAUGCCUUGGCAACGACAAAUGGUUGCUUGGUAACUGUAGAUGGAAGCGUAAAUACGAAGUGUGAUGUUGUUGAAACAACACGUAGUGCCCUAGUAACGACAAAUGACUGCUUAGCAACUGUAGAUAGUGGCUUAGAUGYAUCAACAACUGAUUCUACAGGGAAAUUAUGGACUACCUUGGACAUGGGAAAUGGUUGCUUAGCAACUGAAAGUAGCAGCUCAUUGACAAGAAGUACUUGUGCAGAAACAACAUACAGUGUUUUAGCAACGGAAUUUGGUUGCAGAGCUACGGGGUCACAAGAUUCCACUGCAACAACAAAUGGUGAAAAGAGUGAAUCACAAAACGUACUCGUGUCCAAGGACAUACCGGCAGGCUUUAUAGCUUUAGAGUUUGCAGAACAMUCACUUCAAGCAGGACAAAAUACUAUUAAAGUCAAUAGAGAGCCGACUGAUAGCUCGAUUUGUUUAGUGACGAACGUCAGAAGCAUAGCAAAGCCUGAUGCUGGGAAAACUGMGGACGUUGAAGACGUGACGCGUGACAACCGAAGACAAGAACAAAGACCAAGUGACAUACCASUUCAUGGUCCGUCAAAGGACAACCAAAAUCAAAACGAAUCUACAGACAGACCUGUUAGGGUUAAUUAUUUUGAUAAUGAGAGUCAAGGAAAUGAUAGUGACGACAUUCCUGAUCACUUAAGAAAGGACACGCAGAUAUCUAAACUAUUGGAGUUCGUKAACUCUCAUCCUAUGGAUGUCUUUAAAAACGUUUUCUUAGAAUCACCGGUUGACGAUUCGACUUCGGAAGAUUUCUUCGUUGGUGAAAAACGUCCUAGUGUUGAAGACCAUGCAAAUACCACAWGUAAGAAAAUAAAAUCCRRUGAACAAUCAAAUUGGGYAAUGGAAAACCAAUCUGUUAGCAAGUCAGUGAUGUGCACUGUUGCUGACACYGCAAAUGUGACAUUAAAAGACAACCAGCUACAUAUUACAUCCAAUARUAUUUCAAAGUCACGUGAUUUUGAACCAGUCGUAAGCAAAGGAACGGAAGAUAAUGGGAUUCUUACGCUUGAAUGUAACGAGACGUUCGAUUAUGAAAAGGACCUCACUGAUAAUGCMAGCAGCAACUUAGUACAAAAGGAUUCAACGUGUCAUUCAAAAGGUAGUCAUGACAACACKAGUGGCUAUACGAACGAAAAAGGUCACUCACAGCAAAAUGUUGACAUUCAGCCAAGGUUYAUAUCUAAGGAAGGUUUGCAUGCCAAGUCAGUCGUCAAACAGAAACCCGUUCAAUUAACAGACAGUGACAUUCAAAACGCCAUCAAAAGCGUGGAAUGUAAAAAGUCGAUCGAGAGCAAGACUCAUUCUUCAGAAAGCGGCUCGCAUCAGUCCAAUCCAAAGGUCACCAAUUAUUUUUUACCGAUUGCUUUGGGACAGAGUAACAAUUAUCCUUCAAAUCUGCGAGUACAUGAACGAAGGACAAGUGGCACAACUCCAGCAACAAGUAUUCCGUGUAGCAUGGGUGCUAGUAGUGAUGUAGAGGCUUGCGAGUCGAUUAAUGGAGAACAGUUCCCUGUUAUACUGGAAACAUACAGUCUUAACACUUUGCUGCAGCAACAGCAGCUGCAACAGCAGCAGCAACGACAACAAUGCCAACUUGGACAGCAACAACAACAGCAACUUGGACAACGUCUGCAACAUCCACUUCUUGAGGAGCAGUGUCUCACACAGCAGAGUCAACAGCAAUUACAGCCGCAGCAAGAGCAACAACGGCUACAGGAUCAACGUGUACUGCAACUGCAACAGCAACGUGGGCAACUACAACAGCAGCUGCCACAAAUACAGACACAAUACUUAACACAACAGCAAUACGGUCAACAGCAGCAUCAACAACGUCAGCAGCCAAUGCCACAGCUACAACAGCGACUACUAAAUAAUCAACAACAACGAUAUGAACAACCAUUACUUUAUCGGCAGCAAAUCCAACAACAACAGCAAAAACAACAACAACAACAGCAGCAGCAGCAAGUAUUUACAACGCAGCAGCUACAGCUACAACAACAACGAGCUCCAGAGCAACAACAGAAGCAGAGCCUACAACAACAGCAACAAAAGCAGCAACUUAUACAGAAGCAGCAAUUAAUACAACAGCAACAUCAACAAAGUCUACAGCAACAAAAACUGCUAAUACAGACGCAACAGCAGCUACAGCAACAACAGAAACAAAUCCAACAACAACAACAACAACAACAGAAACAAAUCCAACAACAACAACAGCAGCAUCUAAUACAGAAGCAGCAAGAACAACAACAACAACAACAACAACGACAACACCAGCAGUAUCUUAACAACUUGAGUAUACAACGUUAUCCUUCUGUAACGACAAACAGCAAUGACAAUGGCAUUCAAGACAAAACCAAAUCGCGUAAAAGAMAUUUAAUACCAAGACCAACGUAUUCAACGGCGUUAUACGACAGAAAUCUAGCGACAUUCAUCGACGAACAUAGAAAAACAGGACUCAUGAGUCAGGUUGACAAGAACGAAAAUUCCAAACAAGAACAUUUAUUCUACCCUUACGCCGAGGGYGUGUUUGAUUCAAAUGACUAUGCUGAACAGUGCAGAAACUGCUAUCUUCCACCCACCGAUGUUAAACUAGAGGCUUUAUACACAUUUGGAUCGGACUUUUCGCGGUCGAGAGCGCCCGAUCCUCGCCUUCCAGAAAUUUAUUGUCCAACUAGAACUACGUUUACRUGUUAUUCGUAUCACGUGAUCUCCAGUGAGUUACCCAUAAUUCCACAGUACGCUUAUACUGGUAAUGCCAUGAGAUAAUGUACACAGACUUCAUAUUUAUGAGAUAUCAUGAAUUCAUCGUCAUGUUCAGAACCAAUCAAGAUCCACUACACUCGGCCACUACACUCGGCCACUACACUCGACCACUGCUCUCGGCCACUACACUCKGCAAUCAAUUUUAAGUAAAAUUCACAGUUAAAGCCCAGCAUGCAUCCAAUAACCUUUGUUAAUUUCUUUUGUUUCACAAGUGAUCUCUUGUUGAAAGGUGUUUUCUGAUCGGUUCACAAUCAAAAACAGAUGUUUGUCAUGAUGUGAAUCGCGCAUGGUUCUUGAAUGCWCGCUGGACUUUAUCACGAGGGACUUUUAAAUUAAUAUACGUAAUAUAUGCAAAUGCAACACAAACGUAUUCUGGAUCAACCGUGCAAUAACUGGAAUCYUGUUUUGCUUUUAUCUUCUAAACAUGUACAUCAUCGCRUACAGGCUAGGCUUUGACCUCGGCUUUCUUUUAAAAUACGCAACACUGGCAGCCAGGCGUUCCUCGCGGGUUCCCUUGAGAGUCAYUCUGUCAUGUAAGGUUAGAAACGRUGAACUCCAGAGAGGUAGGAUGCUACACAUACUCGUAACUGUUAUGGCAGGUUUCGGUUUAAAUAAAAUCAUUCAAAACAA